UACAAUUUUAGCACCGGCAGCGUUUUGGCAGCAAUUCUGGAACGCAGCUAAAGUCUGCGUGUUCCAAAAUUUUCACUAAAAAUCUAAGUACACAUGUGUGCUAUAAAUUUUUUCCAGCGGUGAAUAUCGGAACGCAGCCUUUAUAUACCGCUCCUAAUCCCGUGUCACACUCUAUAUUGCGGAUCGGGAUUUAAUCAAUCAAGACAAAGCAGAUCCGAGAUUUGGCUCGUUUCUAUUGGCUAAAUUCUAAGUCCGCGAUCUGCAAAUCCAAUUCGAUUCGCGUUUUUUUCGCAAUCCGUAGUGUGACACUACGGAUGGAAAAACAACGUACUAAUUGGCUAUUGCGUCGCUUUUCCAUUUGCGCAUAACCUGUGACACGUUCCGUCUGGGAUAGAAAAACUGCAAAGCUAAUUACCACCACUCAAGUAAUAACUUCUGUGUAUUCUGCUGUCAAAGAAUUGGUAGAAAAUGCCUUGGAUGCUGGUGCAGAUAAUGUUGAAAUUAAUCUGGUAGAUAAUGGUACGUCUUUAAUAGAAGUAAAAGACAAUGGUUAUGGCAUAUCUAGAGAAGAUGCGCCAUACAUGGGAUUGUCUUCUUACACAUCCAAAAUAUCAAAUUUUGAAGAUUUAGAUGAAUUACAAACAUUUGGAUUUAGAGGUGAAGCAUUAGGUGCCUUAUGCGCUGUGGCAGAAGUCAGUAUUAUAACAAAAACAAAAGAUGAUGUUGUCGGAACUUUAUAUUCAAUGAAUCAGGAUGGUUGCAUUGCAAAUCACGAACCUUGUCAUAGAAGUAUUGGAACAACAGUACAAGUAAAAAAUUUAUUCAAGCAAGUACCUGUGAGAAGACAAAUGAUCACUAACACAAGAAAAGCUAAUCAAGUUGUUAAAUCAUUAGAGACACUGAUGCAGUGUUUUGGAAUAUGCAAGCCAAAUGUACGAAUUCAGUACAGAGUGAACAGUAACCUUGUUUUCACAAAACCUAGUCUAAACAAUAUUAAAGAAUCAGUGACUUAUGUGCUUGGUAGAAAAAUAACUUCUAACAUGGAAUGGAUUGAGCCUGACGAUGCAGGUUUUCCUCUGCAAUUAAUGCUACCUUCAAAAACAGUACGGAAUUUGUCAGAAAUUUCUCAUCCUGACCUACAUUAUAUUUUUGUAAAUGAUAGACCUAUCAAACAUAAGGAUCUUGAAAAGCUAGUGCAUAAUUUGAUAUUAGAAUACUUCGACCAAGAUUUGUACAGAAAAAAAGUGAUGUUUCUUGUAUAUAUUACUUUAGAACCAAAAGAUAUUGAUGUCAAUUUGGAACCAAAUAAAGACACAAUAUUUUUUAAAAAUCAGAAUAAAGUCUUUGAUACUAUAGAUAAGUGUAUGAGAAAGUUUUAUGGACUCAAAUCUGUGGAAAUCACUGAACGUAAUUUAUCUAACGACAUAUCUGCCUGUUACGAAGAUUACGCGUCUAAUACGAAUGAUGCCGAUUCCGAAUUGUCUGCGUGUAAAAAACGCAAACUACAUGCUCGAGAGAAAAUUCACGAGACAAUUCCGAAUAUAAUUGUCACGGAAAUGCCUAACAACAAGGAUAACAUCAUCACAAGUGGAUUUGAAAAAUGUCAGGUUGAACAACAAAGUGACGUUCGCGAUCAACAACAUUACACAGACGCGUUGGUUCUGACGACUCAAAUACAGCCACCGAACUUAAGCGACUCCGAUUCAAAUGACAUGUCUUUUGUCCGGAUUUCAUCUGAUAACAGAAUGGAUGAGGAACGCGAAAGCAUAAGUCAGUUACCUGUUGUAGAUCUCGGUGAAGAUUUCGACUUGAGAGAAAUAGAAACUCGUGUUCCUAUGAUUAAUAUAAUGAAUAAAGAUACGAAAGUAAAUGAGAUUCAAGAGACAAAACAAGUCUCAUUAGAAUCAUGGAGUAAAGGACAUGUGACCGGUGUAAAAAGUGGCAUAAGUAUAAAAUCUGAUAUUGCCGUUGAAGGACAGUUGUAUACUACCGGUUCGGACAUUAAAAUUAAUGAAGAGUUUAAACGUAAAGACGAGCUAAAGAAGGCCCAUGUUGAUCGUAAAGAUCUUCAAUUUUUAAAACACGUUAAAUCACAAGUUGCAAAGGAAAACCCUACAUUAACAACAACCCAAACUGCGAAAAAGAUAACCGAAUUUUGGAAGAAAUUAUCGUCCGAAGAGCGAGGAUAUUAUCGAGAUAUUGCUCAAGAAGAAGAAAAAGAACAUCAGGGACUCGAAGCACCUGAGGAAAGAACGGUCGCAAACAAGACAGAUGCAGAGAAAAGCAAGAAUAGACUUUUAAAGUUAUUUGAAAAAAUGAAAAAUAUCAAGAAUGAGAAGAAAGAAAACUUAAAUAUGAGAACCAUAAUACCUUGGAUUUUUGACAGAACUAAAAUAAUCACAAGAUCGGACUUUGAAACUGAACAUAUAGUAGGUCGAUUAGCACCUACUUUGUGGAUCGCUAUAAUUUAUCAACAACUAUGGAUAGUCGAUAUUACUGGAUUGAUCAAAGGCUUGAAAGUUACUAAUAUAGAUAUUGAUAAGAUUGAUGCCAAGAAAAUUGAGCAUCUUCUCAAACAAUGGUUGAUGGAAACGGAUGAUACGUCAGUGAUGCAUUCUAUAUAUGAAUUUACAAAACAAGUAUAAAGAAAAUGUACAAGUGUUUGUGUAUUUAUAUACAUACACUUUCACAACUUUGUGUUUUAUUA